GUAGCGGCCUGAAAAAAGUUAAUUUGCUGUUUUUAUUUAAAAAGUAAUGGUUAACUCACCAUGUCUAAGCCAGAGUUGGUGGAAGACUUCUUCGGAGUCUACUUACUCUAUAAUAUAAACCCAAAAUAUAAGGGGCGCACUUACAUCGGCUAUACGAGAGAUCCGAACCGGCGAAUCUUGCAGCAUAACAGAGGCACUUGGGCUGGAGGCGCUCACAGAACUAGCAACAGAGGACCUUGGAAGAUGGUGAUAAUAGUACAUGGUUUUCCAAAUAAUAUAUCCGCGUUAAGGUUCGAAUGGGCCUGGCAGAAUCCUACCAAAACUAUAAGACUGCAGCAUUUGAAUCUGAAGAAAAUACCUAGAAAGGAGACGGAGUACCAGUUCAAGCUCCGAGUUCUUAGUGAAAUGCUGCGAGUUGGGCCAUGGUGUAGGCUUCCACUUAUCAUAAGAUGGCUUGAGAAUGAGUACUUUGAAGAAUUUCCUGCUGAUCGGACACCCCCAUCGCACAUGGUUGUACGCCAUGGUCCAGUCAAAAGCAGGAAUCUCAAGAAAUCUAAAGAAUCUACAGAAGAACAUACCACUGACGAAUGUUUAUUAUGUUCCAACUAUAUUACGAAUUCCCAGACAAAACUAACAUGUCUAAAUUCUAGCUGUGAGCUCAUAGCUCAUAUCACUUGCUUAGCUAAACUAUUUUUGACUCCAGGGGAGUUUAUCCCCAUAGAAGGUAACUGUCCCUUCUGUGACACAAAAUUGAAAUGGGGCGAUCUUAUAAGGAAAAUGAAAGGCUGUAAGCAAAACGAUGAUGAAAAUAGUGAUCAAGACGAUGAUCAACCGUGCGAUGAUCAGGAGAGUGAUGAUGAUGUAAUUUGUUCGCAAGAUAAAGGCUUCGUUGAUAACAACUCGCGCUGGUUCCUUGAUUGUAAUGAUGAUUUAUGACAUUUAAUUAAAAUUUAUGUUAUUGCUAUUA